AUGGCAACGACUUCUAGCGACGUGGAGACCGCAAGUCUGUCGCUAUCGCUGCUGAGUAUGGAGGGCGGUGUGUUGAGCCAGGCGUCAUCUCGCUCCCACGAAGAAGUGACACGGGAGUUGCGUGUCGACACCAACUAUGGACUCAGUGAGCUGUCAGUGUGCGAGCGACAACGUCAGUGUGGGCUCAACGAUCUGGCAGGUGACGAGGAAGAGUCCAUGCUCAUCAAGUUCGCAGGACAGUUCAAAGACCCGCUUAUCAUGCUGCUCAUGGGCUCGGGAGUCGUGAGUGUAGCCAUGGGUCACACAGAUGACGCCAUCUCCAUUGCUGUAGCCAUCACGAUUGUGGUGACUGUGGCUUUCGUGCAGGAAUAUCGCUCUGAGAAGACGCUGGAGGCGUUAAAGGAGCUAGUACCUCCGCGUUGUAAAGCUCUGAGGGAUGGCACAGUGGUGGAUAUGCUGGCCAAAGAGCUGGUACCUGGAGACAUUGUGAUCGUGGAUGUGGGAGAUCGAGUACCAGCAGAUGCGAGACUCAUUGAGGCGGUGGAUCUCGAGGUGGACGAGUCCAAUCUCACGGGCGAGAAUGCGCCUGUAGCCAAGAUCACAAACUCUAUUGCCGAUAGCCAUUUGCAUCCAGUUGCAGAGCGUAAAAACGUGAUUUAUAUGGGUACACUGGUGCGUGCUGGGCGUGGCCGAGCUGUUGUGGUUGGAACAGGGUCUCGCACUGAGUUUGGACAGGUCUUUGAUGUAGUACACAACGUGGAGGAGCGCAAGACUCCACUGCAGAACAGUAUGGACACACUAGGCAAACACUUGAGUAUGUUCUCUCUCGCUGUGAUCGCUGUGAUUGUGGUUAUCGGUGUUAUUCAACACAAAGGUAUUCUCACGAUGCUGCAGAUCGGAGUGUCGUUGGCUGUGGCUGCUAUCCCCGAGGGUCUGCCGAUCUGUGUGACUGUAACGUUGGCUUUUGGUGUCAUGAAGAUGGCCAAACGCGACGCUAUUGUCAAGAAACUCCCUGCUGUUGAGGCUUUGGGAUGUAUCAAUGUGGUUUGUGUGGACAAGACGGGCACGAUCACGACCAACAAGAUGGAAGUGAUCGAGAUUUUUGUCCCUUUCGAGAGUGUGACAGCCGAGGUGAACGGCGUUGGUGCGCGAGAGCGAUCACUGUCGCAGCUUGAAAUGAUGAAGAAGAGCGCCCAAUCGGCCGUGACUAUGCGUGGUGAGCCUGUUACGGAGACAUCUCACCCCCACGUUUACCACUGCUUGCUCUCUGGAGCACUGUGCAACAACGCGCACAUUGUGGAUCGAGAAGUGCUGGGCCAGGCCACAGAGGGAGCCGUUCUGCUGUGUGCGCAGAAAGUGGGGAUCACUCCAGCAAUUAUUCAGCAGUUCCGUCGUGUCAGCGAAGUGCCUUUCAGCUCGGAAAAGAAGUGGAUGGCUGUGUGCUGCGAGUCCCCGUCGGGUCGGUCGUCUCGCUGGUACCUAAAGGGUAUGACUGAGACGAUUCUGUCGCGCUGCGAUAAGAUUGAAGACAACUGUGGUCGCGAGAAGGACAUGACUCCAGGUGAUCGUGAACGAAUCUUCGUGGCUUCUCAGCAUAUGGCGGCACGUGGCCUUCGUGUGUUAGCGCUAUCUUUCGGUGAGCAUUCGGAUCGUGGCAUGAUAUUUGCGGGACUUGUGGGAAUCUCGGACCCGCCUCGUGCUGAGGUGGAGAAGUCUGUGCUGGAGCUGUCACUUAGCGGGGUAAAAACGAUCAUGCUUACGGGCGAUUCAAAGGAGACAGCCAUUGCGAUUGCGACGAAAGUUGGCAUCAUUUCGAACGGUAAUUUCGGCAGUGUCGACUGCGACGAUGAGAGAAGCAACAGUGUGGACGAACUGGUGAUAUCUGGUCAAGAGCUGGAGAUUAUGGACAUGAACGAAUUGGAGCAGCGCAUCUUAAAGACGUGUGUGUUUUAUCGGACGUCUCCGCACCACAAGCUUAAGAUUGUGCGCGCUUUUCAGGAGGCUGGACUGAUGGUGGCAAUGACUGGUGAUGGCGUUAAUGACGCACCUGCACUCAAAGCCGCAGACAUCGGUAUCGCUAUGGGCACGAACGGCACGGAUGUGUCGAAAGAGGCAGCUGAUAUGAUUCUGCUGGACGACAACUUCAGUACGAUCCUGUGUGCGAUGGAAGAAGGCAAGUCGAUCUACCACAACAUCAAACAUUUUUUGCGUUUCCAGCUCAGUACGAGUAUCUCGGCUCUCUGCUUGAUCGCGUUCUCCACGCUGUUUAAUCUCCCGUCUCCGUUGAAUGCCAUGCAGAUUCUAUGGAUCAAUAUCAUCAUGGACGGUCCUCCAGCACAGAGUCUAGGUGUUGAGCCUGUAGACCAUGACGUGAUGAAGGAAGGACCACGCUCUCAGGACGCCAGUAUUAUUACACGCACGAUGAUUCGUCGCGUGCUCACGUCCGCGUGCUUUAUCGUGUGUGGCACUCUCUACGUCUUCUGGGUGGAGCUAAGUGCUGAUGGCACGAUCAGCAAGCGAGACCGGACCAUGAGCUUCACGACGUUCGUCAUGUUUGACAUGUUCAACGCGUUGUCAUGCCGGUCCGACGACAAGUCCAUCUUCGAGAUUGGCAUCCUCUCCAACACGUUCUUCGUGUACGCAGUAGGCGCAUCGCUUCUUGGCCAGUUGCUGGUCAUCUACUUCCCACCACUCCAGGCAACAUUUCAGACGGAGGCGCUUACACUUGGCGACUUAUUGUACAUCUGCUGCAUCGCGUCGAGCGUGCUGGUCUUCGAUGAAAUCCGGAAGUGGUGGCAAGUUCGCAUACUACGUGGAGCGAUGCGCUCUGCAUCAAUCGCUGCUGGAUUCAAGCCAAAGAAGAGGAAACAGUCGUGGGAUAACGACGCAAAGGCGUUCGAUACUGUUUAG